AUGACAUCAACGUCCUCAACGAGUCAUAUUUGUUCGACGAUUUGCUUCAAGAUUAAGGCUCCUAAAGUAGAGUUUUUGGUUAAUGGGGAGCAAUUUCAAAAGGGAUAUUACCUAGCAGAUGAUAUUUAUCCAGAAUGGGCUACUCUUGUUAAGUCAUUCAAGUGCCCGAUGGAACCGAAAACCUCAAAGUUCAAAAGAUACCAAGAAGCUGCAAGAAAGGAUGUCGAGCGAUCAUUUGGAGUUCUUCAAGAUAACGGGCGCGCAAUUACAGAGUUUGAAGAAGAGUUGAUAGCUAAUACUACACUCCCAACCCGUACGUGGACUGAAAGGUGUUCAACGCAGAUUCGUAUGUACAAGGAGUUGCGCGAUAAAAGGGGUCACCAUCAACUCUGCAAUGCUCUGAUUGAACAUGUUUGGAACCUCUCGGAACACGGCCGUCAACGUUGA